AUGGUUGUGGAUUGGGUCUUCGAUGAUUUUAUCGUACCCAUCAAACUUCAACCAGGAUCGGUGAUUAGGGCGACGUUCUUGAAGUUGAAGGAGGGUUCAGAUAAGAAGGAGCGAACUUUGGGUGUGCUCGCGAAGCUUAAGGAGAAGAUUUCAUCUAUUGAUCAGAUUACUUAUGGGGAAAACUUCUCUCCGGCGAGGACUAAUGGGUUUUCAAUUGCUUUAAUUUUUGUUAUUCUUGGUGUGAGUGAAUUGAAAAAGUUGUUUUUACGGGAGAAUGCCUGCAGGGUGAAGCUGAAUGAGAGGGUGAGAGAUUUGUUGGAUGACUCUCUCAUAGUAGACUUCGAGCUUCCCGAUGGCCUUUGA